AGUGAUCGUCACACCACGUACCAGAAAUGGUGAAGCUUCAUCUCGUUUGUGGCGUGCUGCUGUUCGCCUUUCUCGGCUGGGCUCACGGGUUGCCGGUGAAGGAGCAGGAGCUAGAGGAGGUCCUGACCAAGCUGCAGGAGCUGAAGCGACUGAACGAUGGCCAACUAAAGCAAGUCAAUGAGGAAAAGCUGCAGCUCAGCACAACUUCCGGACAGCGGCCAGCUGGAUCAUCACCGGGUGCCGUUUCUACCGCAACUACUGGCUACAAAGCGAAACGUUCGCUCAACAACUCCGACCGGCGGACACUGCUGUACAACUACUAUUCGCGUGGAUUGGCCCCGAUGUACGACAAGCGCAACUUUGACGAGAUUGAUCGAUUCGCACGGUUCAACGGUAAGCGCAACCUGGACUACGAACCGUCGUACACCGGAUCGAUGGAUCAUGGCUACAAUGGACGCUUCAGCAAGCGUAACUUUGAUGAAAUUGAUCGUUUUAAUGCAGGCUUCAACUAUCGUCUUAAUGGAGACGAUAUGGCCACGAUCGGUAAGCGCAACUUUGACGAGAUUGAUCGAUUCGGACGGUUCGCCUUCAACAAGCGAUACUUCCCGGAGGUAAACGAGCUCAGCCCCGGCAACAAUCUGAAGCACGAUCUCUCGGAAGAUAUGGCCGUUAUUAAUGAAUAUUCGCAGUAA